UCCUGCCUCUGGGUGGCUGCGGACAAGGGGGCCGUGCCCUCCUGGGCUCCCAGGGCUUGGCCAGAGCCUCGCCCGGCAGCAACUAACCCUCUUUCCUUUCUCUGCAGCCAGGAAAGCCCUGCUCCUCAGGAGGCUGUGUGUCGACCACACCAAGGAGCCCCAGCUCCCCAGGCUUCACUCAGGACCAUGAGAGCAGGCUGCCCCAGGGACCCCCAGGGGGUGAGGAUGGCCACCCAGCCCACGCCCUGUGGCCCCCCUCGGACCACUGCAUCCUCCUAGCGCCCAGGACGGUGGGGCCAUGCCGGGGGAGCGGCCCCGAAGAGCACCGCCCCCAACCAUGACUGGAGACCUGCAGCCCUGCCUUGCCGUCAGUGGCCUGGGGCGUCCCCCACAGCCCCUCAUCACCCCGGGGAGCAGGACCACCCACGGCCCGAGGGAGGCAGGCGGCCGGGCCCAGGCCCAGGCGCUCCCCGAAGCCCAGCCCAGGCAAGCCAAGGAGGUUGAGCCCAAGGCCCUGCUCCUGAGGACCCAGGCCGGCCCCCGGCGGAGUCACCCACAGGCUCACAGGUGGGUGGUGGGCAGGGCAGACAGCAGCCCCCCAGAGCUCUACUGUCUGAGCGUCACCAGCUCCAGGGCCAAGCUCACCCGAGAUGAGACGCCUGAGGGCCCACGGUGCGAGGCCCCUCGGGGCCCAGAAGCAGAAGGUCCCGGGGACCCAGGGGCUGGAGCCCACCCCAGGCCCAGCCUCCCGAGGGCUGAGGCCCCCCCUGCCCCCAAAGAGCACAACUCCCAAAGGUGCUUCCAGGAGACCCCCUCCGGCUUUACCUCCACCGACUAUACCUCACCAAAGGCCACCCCAGGGCCCCUGCCUCUGCGGGCCCCCCAGGGCAGCGGCACCAGCCCUCAGGGGCCAGCCCCCCACCCCGAGUUCCAGGCCAGCGGGGCCAAUGCCUGGCCUCGAGCUGCUGCAGACCACUUCCCAGGUGCUGAUUUCAGGGUCCCUCCCCAGGAGCCAGAGCCUCUUCCUGAAGGCAGCAGGCCUGGCGGCCCUCGGGGGGGCUCCUUCCAGUUCCCCUUCCCAUCCCAGACCCUGCCCGGGGCCGGCGCCAAGCCCUUCCCCGCAGACACAGCCAGUCACGAGUGUGCUGACCGGGGGCUGCUGUUCGCCUUCCGCCAGCCCUCGGGCCCAUGGCAGGAGGCCGGCGUGGGCACAGCUGCCUACCCACUGCCUGCCCAGCCUGCCCUCUGCACUCUUCCCUGCUACCCCAGCCAGCCUGGUGGCCUCGAUGACCCCAGAGACCCUGGGGGUGCCCUCCCCGCAACUGGUGCUACUCACCUGGCCCCAAGCCCCCUCCCCGACACUUUGCACAAGAGCCUGACCAAAGUCCUUCCUGACGGAGCCCCCUUAGCCCAUGAUGGGAUGGCGAGCCCCAGGGCACUCCCAGACCCUCUGUCCCGGCGGCCCUUUCCAGGGCAGGCACAUGGAGCCAAUGGGGUGGGAGCCAGCCCAGAGCCUGUGGACAGUGAGCUGACCACCCCAGGGCCUCCGCCCACAGGACUGCCCCACCGGUGGGACCCCACAGCAGCCCCUUACCCGACCCGGGCCAUGGGCCUCCCAGACACCGCCAGGGCCACAUUCCUUGAGGGCCACUCUGGCCCAGGCCAGGGGCUGUGCCUCCCGCAGAGCUCGCCUGUGCCCUGGCCCCAAGUGCUCCCAACCCCUGGGCCAAGCCCCCACCAAAUGGAGAUACUGAGCCAGCUGCCAUGCCCCCGGGGCACCCCCGAGUGGCAGGGGGACAGUCAGGCAGGCCUGAGUGCUGCCUGCCAAACAGCCAGGACCGGGGAGGCCCUGGCGGUGGUGAGAAGCAGCCCUGGACAGCCAGGCAGCUCCCCCGGGCUGUUCCCCUACCGCGGGCUAGGUGACCCUGGGGCCCAGCCCCUGCUUUUCGGGGGAGCCCAGGCCCAGGCAUCACCCCGAGGAGCCUCUGGCCUGCCUGCCCCUAGGGUGUUGGGUGCCUCCCCCAGAGAGUCCCCGCUGCCCUCGCCCGCCACCAGCACGGUGGGCAGCAGCAGCUGCUCCUCGCUCUCCAACAGCCCGACCAACCCCAGCUCCGAGGACAGCCAGCCCCCCGGCCCCCUGGGGCCCUCGACUUUCUUCCACCCGCCCCCCCACCCCCAGGAGACUGGCAGCUCAUUCCCGUCCCCAGAGCCCCCCCACGUCCUCCCCACCCACUACCAGCUGGAGCCGGCCAAGGCCUUCCCUUUCCCCACAGACGGGCUGGGCGCCGAGGGUCCCGGGGCCGGCAGGGGGCUGCUGCAGGGCUUCCCCCGGGAGCCGCCCCCCUACCCCGGCCAACACUUCUCCCUGAGCAGUGCCAGCCUGGACCAGCUGGACGUGCUGCUGACGUGCAGGCAGUGUGACCGCAACUACGGCAGCCUGGCAGGCUUCCUGGCCCACAGGCACUUCUGCAGGCCGGCCCGGGCCGGGGACGGCUCCCAGCAGCCCCCGGGGCACCCCGCACCCACCACCACCCCCAAGGCUCCCGCCCACAUGCACACAGGCCCACUCAGCCACGGCCAGACUGUCCCCUUCCUGAUAGCCAGGGAUGAUCCCCUGAGGACAAGCUACCUGCCCAGCCUAGCCACCCCCUUCCCACUCCCUGCCUCAGACCUGGACAUGGAGGACGAGGCCAAACUGGACAGCCUCAUCACUGAGGCCCUCAACGGCCUGGAGUACCAGUCGGACAACCCCGAGAUAGACAGCAGCUUCAUCGAUGUCUUCGCCGACGAGGAGCCUUCUGGCCCCAGAGGACCUGGACCUGGGCCACCUACCAACAACGGGUCAGGGGUGACCCCAGAGCACUGUGCCGAGGACUUGCUCCCAGCCAAAGCUGACACACCAGAGUCCCAAGCCCCCUGCCCUGGGGACAGAAGCUGCCCACCCGGAAAUCGGCCCAAAACCCGCUCUCUGGGCCUGGUACCCAUGGAGGCAGAUGCCAUCAGCCUAGUCAAGCCGCAGAGGAGAGGGAAGCAGUUCAAGCUGCUUCGUAAAGAACUGGACAUAGCCAGUGGCCCCAAGGGACCCUGCCUGAGGCCCAGGAAGAGAGGCCACAGCGCUGAGCGGCCCCCGCCCCGCACCCGGGACCUCAGAACUCAGGCCCGGGGCCACACAGAUCCAGACAGCCAGGCCCCGAGAGCCACCUCCCUCACUGCAGAGACCAGGAGCUCCGGACGCCUGCGUCUGCCCGCUAAGAAAGACCCCCGGCAAAGGAGGGCCCGGGGUGGCGCCUGGAGCAAGGAGCUCAUCCACAAGAUGGUGCAGCAGAAGAGCAGGCUCCCCAGGCGGCAGGCACCGCGAGGUGCGCCCGGCCCCCCUCGGACCCAGAGGGCCCUGCCCAGUGCCCAGGACAGCAGGCUCAGGGAGUGCAAUUCUGAGUCCGAGGAGGAGUGUCCCCGCCAACGGGGUGCUAGCUCCCGGGGCCGAUCCUGCCCCGGACAUAGGCGGGGGCAGGGAGGUGAGAAAAGGGAGGAGGACUCACCCCGGGGCCCCAGGAAAGGCCAGAGGCCAGAAGCCAGAAAGGACAGGGGCACCCCAGCCCCAGUGGGGCCCUGCAGCCCAUCAGAGAGCCCCGCUGUGGAGCAUGGCCUCAAGCACACUGACGGCCCCUUGGCACCGCUCAACCAUCGUCCACAGCUUCCUGCCAACAGCAAGGGCCCAGAGGAAGACCAGCCGCCCUCGGACUUCCCCCAGGAGGCCCAGAGGCCUGCAGCAGCCCAAGAAUCAGCCCCCGAGGCCACCAGACUCAGAGACGGGCCCGGUCUUUCUCCAGCCAUCUGUGAGAGAGAAGGUGCCAGGCCACCAGCUCCAGAACCAACACAGCCUGGCAGAUCCCGGCCACCAGGAAGCCAAGCCCGCGCGCUGUCCACCCAGAGCACUCCCGCCCCAGGCCCCGGGGACCUGCUGGGUGCCCCCGGGCCCCACCACAAAGAGGACUGUCCUGCUGACCAUCCAGGAGGGCUUCUGAGGCCCGUCUCUGCCCACCCUGAACCCCACGUCCUGCUUGUUCAGAACGCUGAUGCAGGUUGUGACCCUGCUGGCCCUGACAGAGACUCCGUGGGGGGCCCCCCUGCCGGAAAGGAGCCCCACCCCAGCAGCAGCGCAUCCACUGAAUUGCUCCUCCGACCCAGAGACCUCGAGGGCUGUCUCCCUGGAGGCCUGUGCUCCAGGCCCUCGGCUGCCCACGCACAGGGGGCCAGCCGCGGCCACCUCAGCCCAGACAGCAUGGAUACCCUUGAGCCGAGACCUCGCAAACAUUCACCUUACGCCGCUGACAGCCCCCCGGGGAGCGCCCCCUCACCGCUGACCUUGGAGUCCACAUCCCUCUUUGCGGGGCUGCCCGAGGAUGGAUUCGAUCCACCACUGUGCCAUGGCCGGUCUGCAGACGGGGAUGCCCACACACCCACGGCACCAGCCGGCACCCCCCCAAGGAAACCUCUGAUGCACCCUCUCUGCCCACCCUUCUUGCUGUUGGAGGAAGAGGCGCCAAUGCUGCCCAGCCAGUUUCCUGGCCUCUCAGGGGGAAAGACCCUGGGUAAGAAGUGUCCCCACGAGGGGCCCGCGCCCCCUGCGCCUGGGAAGGGAAGUGAGUGCAGCCUCAGCGGUCUGUCCGAGGAGGAACUGGAAAUCAAAAGACUGGUCAGCGAGUUGGAAAGCCAGCUGCAGAGGACAGAGGACACCCAGGGCGCCCCAGGAGGGCCCGGCCCAGGCCCAGAGCCAGCCUCGACCCCCGGGGACACAGUCUCAGCACUGGACCUCAUGGGCCUUGGGGAAUCUAAUGACCGCCAGGAAGGUGUAGAGACAGGCACAGCCACGGAGGAAGGGGCUCGCGGGGGCUUCCAGGGAGAGUGGCCCUGUCCAGGCCCCGGCCACCCAAGGCAAGUAGUGCCUGCCCCCAGCACCCACGAAGACCCAGGUUCUGGUGCUGCUCUUGGGCCCCCGGGGAGCAGCAUCAGUUCCCAGGCAGAGCAGAUGGCCAGAGUCUCAGAGAAGGAAGGAGAUGGCCGAGACCUCAGUGGGCAUCUGGAGGCCACGCAGUCGGCCAGGCGCAGCCCAAACCAGGCACUUCUGUUUCCUAAUGAGACAGUCAGGACACAGGGGACGGAGGACACCCCUCUGUGGCUUCCCUGUGAACAGAGUGGAAGGCGCUCCCCCGAGCCCCCUGAGGCAGGGGGGUGCGGCCAAGGUCCCCCUACAUGGGCUCGCGGCCACCCUAACGUCUAUCUGGCUCCCGACCUCGCGAUUCGGGCAGAUGGGGAUCUGCCUCCAGGUGCCUGUCACCGUGUCACCUCUGAGGAACACUCUGGGGGCGGAGCAGCAGGACCCAAAGGGGCUGGGCUCCUCUUCCCCAUGACAGAGGGGCCUGGAUUUGAGGGCAAGGGGGCUGCCCCAGCACCUCAGGGCAGGGAGCCUCGGGACCCCCACACACCAAGUCCUGGCUGGGUGCCCCAGGCCAGCCCCAGCAAGAGGCCCCAGGCCCUGGCCCCCCUCUGCUUGCGGCCACUCCAGGUCCUGGAGGCGCGAGCCGGGGGCAACGACAGCAACCAGGGCUCACAGGGGGUGCUGCUGGCUGCUGCCCAUGGUCCUCCGCACAGGGGCCCCCCAGGCCCAGGAGGGCCCGGUGUGGAAAGCGGCUCCCCAGGGUGCAAGCAGGUAACAGCUGACCCUGCAGCCACUGGACCUCAGCUGGCGCCCCAGGCAGACGGACAACUGGGCCCACCUGGCCAAGCUGAGAAGCCGGAGGGCUGUGGAGAGGCCAGCGGGCUUCAGUCAGUUAACUGGAAGAAACCAGGGGGCCCAGGUAGCCUGGCCAGGUUCAGUGCCCACCCUGGAAACCCCCUGGCCAGGCCGGCCAGGGGCACCCCUGAGCCUGAGGAAAGCCAGGCGCCCUUGGGCCUCGGGAAGCAGGCGCAGCCCACUCCAGGCCCUUCGUCCUCCAGUGGGACUCGCUCGCCACCAGCCCUGAUGGCAGCCCACACCCAAAAGGGACCUGAGGACAGAGGUCCAGGGAAGGUGUCCAGCUCAGGCCUUGACCCGCAGCUGCUGUUCAACAGGGAGAGCUCUGCACCCCACGCUGGGGACCUGGGCACCCAUGACGCCACGUCCAUUGCCACGGCCACCCUAGCUCUCUGCAGCCUCGAGCACCUGCCCGGGAAAGACCCUCCCUCCAUGCCCGCCAGUGGCCCAGAGGCCCAAAGCCAGCCAUCAGGGCUGCUCCCAGCACCUACCUCCUGUGCCCAGGGUCCGCCGUCCCCUUCUGCCUGGGGCCAGGUGGGAGGGGCCAGCGGUGUGCAAGCCCCCCCAGGUGCAAGGGCCAGGGAGGCCCUGGCAGCUCUUCCAUCUUUGACAACAAGCCAUUGUGGCCCCAAGGAGAUCCUGCCUGGCUGCCUUCUCCUGAGGGCCGGAAGCCCCCAAGACCCUCCCUGCUGCCAGCCUGACCUCAGUGCUGCCCUAACCCCCACCUACAAGGACUAUGGCCUUGAAGUUGGCCCACUGAGAACUCUAGAGGGUUCCAAGACAGAGGGACUGGGAAGGCCUCCUGCCUACCACAGCCUUCCACCCCCAGCAGGGGCCAUCUCCCCAACAGUGAUCACCCAGGCUGCUGGCCCGUCCAGCAUUCCCACUGAAGAUGGCACAGAGAUGGUCAGAGGGCUUUGGGUGUCAGACCCCCACCUGAGCGGAGCCACUGACACCAGCCCCUUCAGUGUGUCCGAGGGUCCCUCCUCGGAGCCCCCAGGCAACACCCCCCUCCUUGGCCACGGGGAAGGGGAGAGCCCCUCAGCUGUGCCCACCCCACCAGGGGCCACAGAGCCAAACCCUCAUGCCUACCUAGGAGGUGAGACAGGGGCUGGCAGAGAGGGAGAGGGGGACCCAGGGACACCUGGGGCCAGGCACACUGGCCUGAGAAGAGCUCCCAGAGCUGACACCAGUGGCCCCGCGGGGCCCCCGUCUCCCGCGGGGCUCUGUCAGGGCCAAGCCGCCUCUUCCAGCAGCACAGCCUGUGACCUCAGGUCUGGUUCUCCGCAGAGCCAAGCCAGCGUCCCCCACCUGACACCCCAGAAGGACCCCACACAGAGGCCCCGAGGCUUCCAAAAGAACCCAGAGCCCACAGAGACAGGCCACCAGGAGAGCCACGCCCCAGCCGGGCCCGGGCUACCUGUGACCUGUGAGACCUGCUCGGCCUCCUUCCGCUCCAGGCCAGGUCUGAGCAGGCACAGGGCCAGGAAGCACCCGCCGCGCAAGCCCGCCACCUGCCAGCCCAGCCCUGGGGCACGCCGGGGCCCCAGGAAGAGGAGCCACAAGGGGCCUGGGGGUGACCAACCAAGUCCCUCAGUAACGAGCCCUGGCCGCACCUCUGGGCCAUCCCCCAUCCAGGGCUCCACAGUGCCUGAGGACACCCUGGGUCCCGAGACGCUGGAGGAAGCCAGGAGGAGCCCUGGCGAGCCCAGGACCCCAGGUUCUCCCCUCGACCAGCUCCCACACCCCCCAGGCCCCGUGGAGCAGGGGGAGGGUGUGAGGGCUUCAGCCCCAAAGCCCAGAAGGCCAGGCCCCCCGGAGGUGGACCAGCUCCCUCCCCAACAGACAGAGAACAGAGAAGACCAGAGGCGAACUGCAGAGCCCCUGGGCUCCCCCAAGCCAGAGGGGAAAUGGAACAGGAAGGUGGGAAAGCGGGGGGCUGGGAGAGCCCGGCAGGAGAGCCCUGCCCCAGCCUCCGCAGGCGCGGGUCUAGGAGGGCGCAGCGCAAGCCCAGUGGCGGCAGCCGCCAACCAUGCAGCCCUUCUGAGCUGUUGCCUCUCGCGGGAGGGAGCGUGUGAGGCCAGUGUGGGGCAGUGGCUUCGCCCGGCCACUCUGGGGCCUGAGGUCCUAGAGGACGAGGCAGACACAGGCUUGGGGGUUCUGAGUGCAGAGAUGGCACCAAAGUCACCCAGAGACCAGCAGCUCCAUCCGGGGAAGAUGGAGGGGGAGACAGAAGGGGUGUUGCCUGGGGAACUGCGAGCAGGGUGGCGGGGAGCCUCCGCAAGGCGGUGCCGGGGACCAAGAGACAUCAGAGAGCCUGAGCUGGCUGCCGGGAGCCAGCCUGCAGAGACCAGCAGAGGGGCCAGGGGCAGGUCAGGCAAGCGCACAGGGGAGCGGGCACCAGACCCUCCAGAGGCAUCCGAUUCUGUAGUGGGCAACACCAUCAGCAGCGGCCCUCGGAGCCGCCCAGGAGCCCGGGCUGAGGUGCAGGGGCCUCAGGGCACCGUCCCUGAUGCCCGGGGCCCAGGGCCCGUGGACCCUCCAAGCUCGCUUGAUGACGAAGUGUCCUUUUCCCAGCUCUUCCCUUUGGGUGGUCGCUUCACCCAAAAGAAGAAUCCCCGUGUCUAUGGGAAGGGGUGCAAGAGGCCUAAGCGCCCGCCACCCACAGAGCCCCGCAGCGAGGGGGGCGACCUGCUGCACCCCACCCACCUGCCCCCAGACCUCAGCGACUCGGGCUCCCUCUGCCUCUCCCCGAAGGACCCUUGGGAGGAUGAGGCCGCGGUGCUGCCCGAGCCCUUCCUCCUGGAUGGGCUCCUGGGCAGCAAGGUACCCAGCCUCGACCCCUGGGCCCCCAGCCUCAGCUGGUGGGCCCCGGAGCCCCACAGGGAAGCUGGCCCUGGGGAAGAGGCCCCGUCCUGCUGCGCAGAAGACUCGGAGUCAGAGGCCAUCCCCAAACUGCACAUGGUCCCAGCGGCAUGGCGAGGCCUGGGCCUGCGGGUCCCCAACGAUGAGACUCCUCCUCUGGGAGCCGAGAGCCCAGAGCCCCCCGACCUGGAGAGGGAGCGCUACGAUGACGGGCUUCCUGGGAGUGCCAGUCUACUGCCGCGUCCCGCCAAGGACCUGGACCUGCUCAGUGCCAAGCUGGAGACGCGAGACCUGUGCUUCCUGGGCCCCCUCUUGGAUUCCAGGGCUGCAGCAGACUCACAGGGGCCAGGGAGCGAAAGGACCCCGGGGGCGGCCAGGCCGGCUCAGGCUGGAGGCGGGGAGCUGCCCGCUCGGGGCAGGAGGGCCUCCUACAAGUGCAGGGUGUGCUUCCAGCGCCUCUGCAGCCUGGGCGAGCUGGACGUGCACAAGCUGGCGCACAGCCCCUCGCCGCCCCCCACCUGCUACUUGUGCGUGGAGCGCAGGUUCUGCUCGCGGCAGCGGCUGCGGAAGCACCUCCAGGAGAGGCACCUGCAGGGCAGAGCGGGGCCCUGGGCCUGUGGCCUGUGCCUCAAGGAGGUGGCCGACGUCUGGAUGUACAACCAGCACCUGCGGGAGCACGCCGCCCGCUUUGCCCGCAGGGGGCAGGCGCAGCAGCCCUGGGGGGGCCUGCCCCGCGACUUGGCGCCCGAGAGCACCCACACACACCUCCUGGACAGCAUCGUGGAGCCGGACAGACCCCGCAGCAGCAGGCCCACAGGGGACAGAGCAAGUGGGAGCCCCAGGGAGACGGCAGAAGGGGGACGGGAAGCUGAGGAGGAGGCCCCCAGGGGGCAGGUGAGGCCGGCCAGCGGCAGCAGCCCUGCAGCUCCGACCGGCAGCUCCGCCACCCACUCUGCCAAGACGUCUCCCAGCCUGGCCCCUGACCCUUGGCUCCUGCCAGCUGUCCCCAUGCACGCGGCCUGCAGGGACCCCUCCAGAGACUGCCACCACUGCGGGAAGCGGUUCCCCAAGCCCUUCAAGCUGCAGCGCCACCUGGCGGUGCAUAGCCCGCAGCGCGUCUACCUCUGCCCCCGGUGCCCGGGCGUCUACCCCGAGCUCUGCGAGCUGCGGGCGCACCUGGGUGGGGUGCACGGGCUACAGGAGGAGCGGGAGCUGCCCCACAUGCCACUGUACGCCUGCGAGCUCUGCGCCAACGUCAUGCACGUCAUCAGAAGGUCCUUUGUCUGCAGCUCCUGCAACUACACCUUUGCCAAGAAGGAGCAGUUCGACCGACACAUGGAGAAGCACCUGAGGGGCAGCCAGCAGCCCUUGGCGCUCCGCCGUGUGCGCCGGCCAGCGACCCCCAGGCAGAAGGCCCUGGCCCUCGAGGGCGUGCUGCCCAGCAAAAGGCGAAAGGUGGUUGUGCCCAGCAGCCCCCCAGGGCUGGGUGUGGCUGUGGCCGGGCCUUUGUCCCUAGGCAGCCCUACCCUGAGCCCUCCUGCCCUGCCCCAGCUCUGCCCAGAGUCGGCUCCCAGCACCACCAAGAGCUGGCCCAACCCAUCCAGCCCCGCGGCCAGGGAAGACCAGCGGCCACCACACAGUCAGGAGCGCCCACCCCCGGCUCUGUCACCUCUCCCCACUGCCUUGGCUGGUGGCAGCUGUGACCAGGGACCGGACCCGACCCUAGAGAGGCCUGAAGACAAGGCUUGGCCAGGCGAGCAGCAGCCUCCCCGGGAGGAAAAGGGGCCUCCUCCCCUGUUCUCAGGGGGACACAGGAGCCCGGGCGCCCGCAGCAAAUGUGUGUCUGAUGGCUCCCCAGGAGACCCCUUCCAGCUCCAAAAAAAGAAGCAGGUGUCCACACCCCAUGUGGCACCCGAGAGGGGUACAAGGGGUCCUUCCCACAAGGGUGGUGCCACCAAGCCACCAAAGCAAGGAGCAGCAGCGUCCACUCCCAGCCAUGCACCCAAGCCCCUGGUGCAACCCAGGAAGCCCGUGGGGAUAGGGAGCCCGGCACCCCGAGAGCAGGCCCAUGGCACUGAGGAUAGGGUGAAGCCCACCUCCCCCAAAGCCAAGCCAAGAGCCAGCGCCCAGGGCAACAGGUGCCCAUGGCCCGGCACCAAGACAGGAGGCGGCAGCCAGCCCCAACCAGCCAGUGGGCGGCUCCAAAGCGAGACAGCCAGCACCCCAGCCAGGCCCCUACACCCUAGCCCAAACCCCACCUCAGCUAAGUCCCCAUCUCGAACCCAGGCCAGGGGCUGCACCAAGGGCCCCAGAGAGGCUGGAGACCAGGGGCCCCGCGGUUCCCCCAGCCCCAGGGAGACGGGCGAGGGCAGGGAGAAGAGGAGGAAGAGCCAGGCCCUGGAGCUGGCCAAGCGUGAAGGCGUGGGGGGCUCUGGCAGAGCCCCUGUGGCCCCCGACAAGCCCCUCCGGACCCCCCGAAAACAGCCUGCUCCCAGCCGCGUGCUCCCCACCAAGCCCAGACCCAGUAGCCAGAACGGUAAGAUGAGGCCACCACCCUCAGAGCAGCGGGAGGCACACAGCCGUGCCCACAGGGGGGAGGCACUGAGCAAGCACAGUCCCCAAGCCAGACUCCCGCUCAGGGCCCCCAAGAGGGGUAGAGCCGUCCACAGUGCCGAGGCCACCAGAGCCCGAGACCACCGCACUGCGGAGUCCCAGAGUAACCUCCUCAACCAGCUCUUUGGCCAGAGACUGACCAGCUUCAAGAUCCCUUUAAAGAAGUUCACUUCGGAGUAACCGGAGCUCUGGCGGCUGUGGGGCGCCUGGCACGCGGGUUCUGCGCCACUCUCCUUCGGUGUAGCUGAAAGUCGGGGCACCUGCCUGCCCCAGCCUGCAGGAGCUGGGCAGUGCUCCGUGCAGGCUGCCGGGCACAGCAGCCCCUCUCUCGCCGGAGCACAGGGGAGAGGGAUGGCAGCUGCAGUCCCUUUGAGACCACACUGCCGCCUCCUUGGUACCCAGUACUUGAAGAGCAAGUAGACCGUGCCCUCCCCAGCCCUGUGUGCCCUCUCGGCAAGGCGCCACCGGCCGUGGAAUGCGCUGGGAGAGUCGCACAGGGACCCCGUCACCCAGGGGAAGUAAGCUGGGGCCGGCGCCCCUCUGAAUCUUGCUGCUGCUGCCGCUGCUGGAAUCCCUGGGGCAGGGCAUUCCACAUGGGCCAUUUCUGAGCCACCUGGUCCCCAACAGCACAACACGCCUCCUCCCUGUGGCCACACUGUGGAGGCUCCCGCUGCACCUGGCUCCUGGGGGCCGACCAGGCUCCCACGGGUUCCUGCAGAAGGCCGUGCCCGGGGCUCCACCAGGCGAGGCCCGCCCACGCAGACCCUCCGCUCUGUCCCGGGGACUCUGCGCUGAGGUUUCUGGUGCUACUUUCGUGUUGUAAUGUGAAUACAGCUGCCUUGACUUAAUCUGGACCAGGGGGUUGGGCGGGACUCCGGGUCAGGGAGGCUAAGGACGCCCGGCUGAGUCUCACUGGCCUCCAGCCAGGCUCCAGCCUGAAGUCCCCGCAGCGAGGGACACCUUCAGGCCUCGUGGGCGAGAGCGUCCCAGCACUGACUGCCCCCACAGGUGCGGUCCUGGGAGAGCAGGAGCUUGGGGCAGGCGUGGGAGGCUCCUCCCCCUGGGGCUCAGGCUCGAGGCUGUCUGUCCUGUGGCUCUUAGCUUGGUGCCAUGUGUGUCAAAGGCUUUAUUUUGACAUCUCAAAAGAGACCAAAUCAGCCUCUCUAGAAGGUACUGUGGGCCUCAGAGAGCAUCUCGUGUGGACGAAGACGGAGACUCUGAAGCCAUACUGUAAAAAUCACAGCGAACUCAUCUUCUCAAAUAUAUUCCCACUAUUUUCGCAGAAAA